AUGCCUGUCUAUCUUAUUUCCAGGAUCGCAGAUCCCCUCUUCGCCUUGGGCAUGGGUGUCUCUGCUGCCCUCACUCGCAUCCGCCGUGACCAGCGUGAUAAGUACCCCGAGCGCGCAUCAGAAAUCACAUACGGAAGCAUUGUACAAACGAGUGGCCAGCGGUUGCAGCGGUGGUGGAACGGAGACUUCCAGAGUGUUUAA